AUUUAUCUCUAAUCUACAGCCAAUUACACUAUCAGUGUCCUGCAGAAAGUAAAAUGAUGGAACAUAUUUUCUUCUCCGCUGACCAACGUUAUUUUUUUUUACUGUAUUAUUAGUUUCUCUCUCGUGAUAUAGUUGGAAAAUAUUUAUUCUGAGUAACAGUUUCUGAAGACCACUGAUGUGUAAUUUAUGUUUGAAAUCAUGAAAUGGCAUUUGGGUUUCUUUUGCAUGACUGACAAUCAUACAGUUGCCAUAGAGACAAUAUAAUCAAUGAUUAUCACAAAAAAAGCAUAACUCCUCCAUAACACUUUGUGGACUGAAGUACCUCUUGGAGGUUUGGUGAGUUUUCUUAACAGUUUUGUAGUUUUAAAUAACUAUAAGCAUAUCUUUGAGAUCAUGUUGUAGUGGUACAUUUUUUUUUUUUUUUUUAGAUUUGGGAUCUUAUUGUCCAUGUGAAGUCUGCUGCAUGUUGCAUGGUUUUAUACAGAGCCAGCCUCUGCUUCUUCUGUUCCUUUUAAUCAUGUAAAUAUAACUGCCAAAUCAUUGCACUAGUUUUGACAUGUUGGACCACAGCUGUGGCCAAAUUUAAACAGAAGAGUCUGUUUAAUAAAAUGCUCAACGAGAUGAUACGUGUCCUACCUCAGAGAACCGGAACAUUUGUCAAAUGUUAUAUUUGGAGAUCAUUAAAGCCCUGGCUUUUAACUCUGACAGGCACUAGAGUUCAAGGUUAAGUAUGUCCCAACUUUUGCAGUGUUUAAGAUAUUCAGCAGUUAGCAGCCUUAUGGCUAUUAAAUGAUAUGUCCUUACACUGAGCAAACUUCGUGUAAAAAUGUCUGCCCUGAAGUCCUCAGGUACAUGAUGGUUUCUCACUCUGUUGUAUGCUCAGUAAGUUUGAUCAGACUCCAGGUUCCCCAGUCUGUCAACAGAAGUGGAUCUGUUUUUCCAUGUCUCUGUGACCUUCUUCACUUAAUAUUAAUUUACCCAAAUUAUCUUAAGCAGCAACCUUAUGGUUAAUCUUUGGCACGGCAGUGCAUGAUCUCAUGCGUAUUCUGCACGACUUAUCCUCACCUUAUCCUUUGUUUUCUCCUCUGUGUAGCUCUGUAUUUUUGCUCUUUGUUUAGACCCAUAGAAGCUCUUCUAUAGUAAAAAGUACAAAGUAGAAAGUAUUUGUCUAUUUUCAUUACAGUGCGAAUAGUUUGACGUUUACCUGAGCACUCUAUGGCCAUUUUCAGAUAGGACCUCAGGGUAAAAUCCGGAGAAUUUGCUACGGAGUUUACCUUUCACAGAUGCCCAAUGCAGCAGGAGUUUUUCUGCACAUACGCGUUCAUAACAGAACAAGCCAAUAAAGUACGUAGAAACUGGACCGUAAAACACUUGCGUUCACACAUGCGCCUCCUCCGGAGAAAGUACGGAGGAUCUGCAGCAUCCAGUGUAUGUAUGAAAGCAACUUUUAAUCAGCUGAUCUAGCUCAGCUAGUCUUGUGUCUGCUAGCAAACUGCUGCAUUCUCCAUCCACCUCCCACCAUGAUGGGAGGGCAUCCUCCAUGUUAGGUGUCCACAUUGUUGUAGUUACAAUAUUUAUUACAGCAAUUCUUACAUUCUAAACAUGAUGUACAUUUGAAACUAUCCUAUCACUACCUACAAGUUUGUCUGACCUGUUUUAUGUUCAGUCUUUCCUCUAGUAAUUGAUCCCUCUGUAUCUACCUCAAUGUUUACUUGGCAUCAAUCACAUUUUGAGAUUAAAUAUCAGUAACAGCUAUCUUUUCAAAGUAGCUGUUGUAGUGUAUAACUAUCUGGAGAUGACAAAAGAAAUGCAGUGUAAUGUUUAAAUUCAAUAUUUUAAUUCCCAUAUUAAAUUCCAAUUUACAUCGAUGGUGACCACAUUAGCAACCUGAUUAAUCUCCAUUUGUGGUAAUGGCUGCAAAUCUAAUGAUUCUUGCGUACAUUAUGCGGUUUUCAGCUCCCCUCAUGCAAACACCAAGUGUGACAUUUACAUUUGAUGUAAAACUCUUCUGCAGCAUCUCCUCUUUAGUCUAUGUAACUUAUCUUCUGUGAUUCUAGGCUGUCUACGCAUGAUGAGCAGGUUGAACUGAAUUCUCAGUUGGAAUUGAGUCAGUGCAGAGAGUUCAGUUCGAUGCUGAUUUGCUGUGACAUGGUGCAGGGUCACCACUGUCUCCUUUUUAAUUCUGUUGGUCAUGAGUAGACAGCCCAACUCCAACAGGUUUUAAAUAGUGACUAAGUAGAUCCCUUGCUGCUUAACCUACGCUUAAACUUAUCUUACCUUCUCCUUGUUUCUUUCCCUCCCUCUCUUUUCUCCUCUGCUCUUAAUAUUGUUUCAUUUUGCUCCAUGUUUUUCCACUUCUCCUUCUUCUGACCUUUUAUAUUAGUUUAUUCCUUACGCUGUCCGUGUCCCUCCAUUUAUUUUCCUACACCGUGCUCCCGAACUUCUCCUCCAUCCACCCAUUGCCCCCAUCCGCUCUUGUUUGCAUAGGCUUGACCAGUGAGGGCGAUGGUCAGGGUACAUCCAAGGUUCUGGAUUGGUUAGAAGAAGUGGAAGAGGGCAGCUCUGAUUGGCUAAACAGUUUCUUCACUUUCCUGUACGGUCUGAUUAAUCCCCUGGAGCCCACAGAUGAGGAGGAACUUAGUGCCUCAGGGGAAGCUCUGGAAGCCAAUGACGAGGAUGAGGAGGACGAUGAUGAGACCGGAAUCCGAAGAAGAGGAGCAAAAGAUGAUGGACAACAGGGGCAGAAGAUCAUUAUAGUCGGCCUCCACAAUCAAUAACGUCAGGCGUACUGCAGCAGCACAAUUCUCCUCCAAUGCAGUUUUCAAAUUAAGGCCUCAGCAUCCAACAGGCUAAGCUACUCGUUCUGGAAACGUGUUUUCUUUUCAUACCUUUGCAGGUUUUGCAAAUGAACCCAGCCAGUAGCUUUGGGUAUAGAUAUCUCCAGUCUUGUCUAUUGCUGUAGGCCCUACCUAUCCCAGGUUUCACCCAAUGUAAUCCCCAAGUAUUGUCAGACUAGAAAAACUUGCUUAUUUGUUACAGCAGAAUUUUGUGAAAGUAAAAAUCCUGUUGAAGGAGUUUUUAAUAGAUGUCUGUUCCUCUGCUGGGAUGUGGACAUGAUACUCAGGAACACUUUUAUAAGUCAUCUCUUAAACCUUUUUUAAGAUUCUAUAAAUACAUUCUUUUCUAUACUCGCAUGUUGGCAGGUGAUUUGCACUUGGGCAGCUGCUUAAUUGUCUCUUUUUAAGACAUUGAAUCUUUUCCUAUGGCUGCAUGCCAUAAAGCUGAUCCUGACAACAUUUACUCUGGAUUGAGAGCAUGAAUUUUAACUAUUUUUUUUACUUCAAACUGUCAAGUUAAAGGCUUUUGUCUUUGAUCUUAUUUUUAUCUGGUAGUAACAUAGUUAGUAUCUGGAUUAUGAAAAUGUUGUUAAAGGCAUAACUAAAAUCCAUUGCAAUUAGAACAUCUAGACCAAAUCUGGUGAUGGACUUGUUUGCAUUGUGAUUGGAUCUCAGCCACAUCAUCUAAAUAUCUGUUAGUUAAGUCAUACUCCUCAGAAUACUAAAUCUGACCACUUUGCUGUCUAUCGUCCAUGUCAAAAAAGCUAUGUCUAAAUACAUAGAUGCGUUUUCUUGUUUACUGGCGUGUACAGUUCCUCAGACGAGUGAUACAAUUUGUGUCUCUUGGAUCCUCAGUUGUGCAGCUGGGUACACUGCUCAACACAAAUUGUGCUUUGCGUGAUCACAUGAGGUCAGUUUCUGCCUCUGCCAUUCAGGUAGUACACAAGUCUGAGUACAGCAUGUGGUCAUAGGCACUAUUUUAGUGUUUUCGUUCAACUUAGCUCCACCAUGUUGGAUAAGUCCUCCCACUUUACACAAUAAAACCACAGUUGUAGGAGUGAAAGUUGAGCCCUGUCUUCAAUUUAAUGAAUAAGGAUAUAUUGGGUUAUGACAUCAGUAUCGGGUGGCACACAAGCUUUGUAGGAUUGUUUCCUAUCCUUCAAGUUCUUUGCAUUGUGCAGGAAUUGAGCUUCAUAUUGUUUAUCUUUUACCAUCUGUCUGCUAAGCAAAUUCUGAAUAUUAACUUGCAUGAACAAAUACAAAUAUCUUACACUGACAGUAGUUCUCAGCCAUGAGCUGUAAAGUUCAAGGUUCAAGUUUAUGGGUGUGCACUGACAGAAUUGUCGUCAUUCCAGUUUGUGGGUCAGUUGACAGGAGUGUGCUGCAAUAGAAGGGUGUGGUGAAUUGCUAGCAGAGGGUUGAAUAUACAUGCUGCUGUUGAAGCACAAAGAUUUAUUACUGUGUAAUUCUCUAAAUUCAGUAAAGUACAACCUUUAGCGUCAUGUGCAGCAUUUGUGUUUCUCAGUCUAGCAGUAACUGGACUUUUAAAUCAAACAAUCUAUACUCAAUUAUUUCCCCUUUUUUGCUGACAUGAGCAAAAAGAGAACCAAUUUAUAAUUUUUUUGUUUUAAUGGCCUCACUUGUUUUAGAUCAGAUUAAGUUGUUAUUGAAACUGAUAAUCCAUGCACUUAGAUGACGCAUUAAAAACGCCUUGACCUUGCCUUGACCUAUGCCAAUAUACAUAUUACUUAGUCACAAUAACAUUUAAAAUUGUGAAACCUUCAUAUAAAACCCUAUUUUGAGAAUAUAUCAUAUAGUCCAUUCAGGUCGGGCGGUGCUAGGGUCUUUUCGGUUUACUAGCUCGUCUAGUGACAUUGUUGACUUUAAAAAGGUCUACCUUGCUCAAUUUAGACUCAACCAAGCAGAAUUUCAUCCCUUGUUGAUGCCUAGUAAAGUAACUGUUAGAUUUUUACAGCAACACUGUGUAUGUCAUACAAAACGUCAGUUGUAGUUGAAUAACACAGAUUGACCCAUGGUGUGUCUAACAUUAACACUGGUGUUGGAUGAAAAGUAUUCCAGUGAUGUAACUUAACCUGUUCUUGUGUAAUGUCAGAUGAAAAACCAGGUGACACAGACAGAAGAGGAGCUGAGAAAGAGACCCCUCCAAUAAAGGAUGUGGGCCGGAAGCUGCGGGAUGCUCUAAAGCAGCAGCUGGCAAUCAUCCACGAACGUGUGGAGGCCAAGAAGCUCGCCAAGCUGGCCCUGGCUGAAGUCAGACAGCUCCUGGCCAGAGAGGAGGAGGAGGAGAAGCUGGAUCUGGGUAGGAAGGAUAUGACAGCCAGGGUGAAGGAAAGAGUCUCUGCCAGGCUGAAGGAGGAAGAGGAGAAGAUGGAGAAAGAAGAGAUAGAGAAUGCUCUGGAGAAACUAAGAAAGGAAAAGGCAAAACAACAGGAUGAGAUAAAUACAGAGGAGGGCAAUGACAAGAAGGACAGCGAGAAGUCAAAGAAUGGUGUAGAGAAUGAAGAGGGGGCAGGAAGGAAAGCACAGGAGGAGAAGGGUAGAGGGAGGAAAUCUGGCAAAGAAAAAAGGAAGAAAACCAAAGACGGAGGAGGCAAGAAGUGAUAACCGAGGUAAUGGUCUCACAGGACUAGAUUGGUCCCAUAGGAAGCCAGUAUUAUUCACUUUUUGCCUCUUCAGAAUCAAAUUUUGUUAGAUUCAUAUACUCGUCCCUUGUUCUACUUCAAUUCUGAACUAAACUUAGUAAUUAUUUACAAAAUGUUUUACAUCCACUCAUGUUUAGACAACUAACAUUUUCAAAGGUUGGGGUAUUUUUUUAACCAAUGAAGGUAAAGAAGAAUCUAUGCCUUGUUAUUGUUGUACUGGUCACAGUGAUGCUUCAAAAACAUUGUUUUGGUACCUUACCAAUAUCUUGUUGUAUUAUUUCUAUGAUACCUCGCUCAUUUGGUUGAUGUAUAGAUAAGUAGUUGUCAGCUGGUCCACAUUAAUCACCACUAUGACCAUCAUGAUGCACAAAUUAGAUAUUUCACAUGUUGAAUAUGAUUUUAGAAUAUUGAAAGAAACAAAUUUGCAGUCAAAUGCAACGAAUUAAACCGUUUAGUCUUGAAGUACAUGUUAUGUGGCCUCCUUAACAAUAAUACCGUAGCAUGCUUGCUCUCUUUCCAGCUCGGCUAACUUAAUAUAUUAUGUGUCAUAACCGUUUCGUCCAUCUAUUGGAUUGAACUAGCCACCUUAGCUGUCCAUGCUACCAGAAAAGAGUCAAGGGCCCUCUGGCACGAAGUCUGUAUAAUGACUGUGAACAUAGAAGGACCGUGUCUGGAGGAAAGAUGUGCUGACAAUAUCAUUUCUUCUGGCUGCUUUAUCCAGUGCUUUCUAAACUAGAUUAUGUCCAGUGGUUGAGAACAUGUCUAACACAGUCUCCAGUUGUGUCCAUAGCCAAUUGUCUAGACAUCGUUCCAAGCCCAUAUGUGAGAACAGCUGUAAUGAGCAAAUGGCAGCCUGGUCAAUGUUCAGAAACAAAGAUGUGCUGUAGGCUUUUAGUUGGCUUCCAUUUUCUAAGAGUAUAAGGAAAGAUUGGGGUGGUUUGGGGGAUGGGACUCAAACUGCAGUGGUCCAAAAUGGUAUUGAUAUCAAGUAUGAGACACUUAAGUGUCUGUGAUCAUGGUUGGAUUUGAAUAGAUUGAAAUCAAUAGAGAACAUUACAAUGUGAGGCUUUUUCUUAAUUUAGGGAGAUUUGUGUUCCACUUUUGUCUUUUGUCAAUAAAGUGUCUGAUCCAUUCUUUCUCGUGUUUUUUGUUCUUGAUCCAUAAAGUGAUGUUAAGUCAGUCGUCGGAGUGUUUCGUGGUUCAGAAAUUGAGAUCACCCUAAUACAUUUUCUAUUUUCAGACUGCCAUCCUGUUUAGACCUGCUCUUCAAAAUAGUUCCCUAUCCUGGGAUCACACGGAUUACUCUUCAGUACACUGUUAAAUGACAGUUUACAAAACGCUCCCUGUGUAUAAAUGCUACACAAAUGUGUUUCAAUCAUAAUAUACAACAAACCAUUAUAUGUUAAUGAGAUGAAUAUCAGUCUGCAAAAGAAAACCAAUGCCUCUCUUACACAUGGUCUUUUAAAAGUAAUGUUUUAUGUGAAUGAUGUUCUGUGAUAUUACACUAGGCUGUCCCCACAAGGUCCUGCACAAGUCAUUUAAAAACACAGACACUCCCACCAUUGUGCAACAAUACCACCCAAACUCUCUGUUCAGUUUCUUUUGCAACAACCAUAAAUCAGAUGUAAAAUGAACACCACAAUCACUGAAUAUUCACAUGAUGGACCCACACAUACAGUAUGUAAAUUAUAUUCUGUCUCUACUACUUCCUUGCCAACGUGUGCAUCAU